AUGACGGUCGGAUCCGGCAAGCACGCGGUUGAGGUUGAACCACACUUCAACAACGUGGCCAAACAUAUCAUCACGGCGAAGGACCUCAUCAACAGCGCUGCCAGAGCUGACCCCCAUGCCUCAGUAGCUUGCGCCGGUGUGAUUGUGAUUUUAACCUUUCUCAUCCGACAGAUCGAGCAGCGAGAGCAGCUUUUCAAAGGCCUUGACCUAGUUUCUUCGAUCAUCUGCAGAUAUCUCGUGAUGGAAACCGUCUUUCGACCGAGAAUACAGGUGGACUCUGUUUCCAAGGCCACCGCUAGGGAUCUGGAGCGUGACUUCGAAAAUAAUUUGGUCAAUCUAUGCGCCAAGAUUCUUGAGUUCCAAGCUCGAGCUUUGUCCUACGUUCAGAGGAGCAGGCCUAGCCAAUUCUUUCGGGACACCUUCAGAGGAGACACCUGGAAGACACUCAUGGCUGAUAUCAAGGAUCUCGAUGGCAAGUGUCGGGCUUUUGCCGACUUGGUCACCGACGAAAAGCUUCACUCAUUUCUCGACAACCAGCUACAGCCUUCAACCCACAGUGAACCUAAGGCCCAUGCCGAAAUCGUCGAAUCGGAACAGUUGCAAAGGCAGAGAGCUGAGUGUCUGCGACUGCUAGACAUCUGUCCCUACCGUGAUCGAAAGGAUAUCAACCCGGAAAGAGGAGUGGGAACAUGCGAAUGGUUUAUUGACCAUGAUCUCUUUCGUGCGUGGAUGAACUCAACUCGACCUAGCAUUCUCUGGGUAUCCGCAGAUCCUGGUUGCGGAAAGUCUGUGCUGGCAAAAUUCCUAGUGGAUGAAGUUCUUCCGAACAAGAUCAGAGACAGCGUUCUUUGCUAUUUCUUCUUCAAAGAGGAUUUUGCCGACCAAAGGACAGUGCCAGUCGCCCUCUGUUCUAUCCUCAGGCAGCUGUUUCUAAAUCGACCUUCCCUCUUGACCCCAAAACGUAUGACACAGUUCAUCAAUGAGGGAAAGCGAUUAACGGAAUCCACGUCAAGCUUGUUUGAGAUGCUUUUUGCCCUUGCAGGGGAGAAUGACGUCCAUAUUUGUUGCUUGAUUGACGCUUUGGACGAGUGCGAGGAGAGCGACCGACGAAAACUCAUUUCGGCGCUCGACAAGUUUUACAUGAACCCAGACGACCGUCAGCGUUUGAAAGUCAUUUUCACCUCGAGACCAGACAUGAUGAUUCAAAGACAGUUUAGACGGCUCGAGAAAAGCUGGCCGAAGAUCCACCUCCGCGGGGAGGAUGACGAGCAACUGGCAAAGAUAUCACAAGAGAUCGACGUCUUCGCCCGGAGUCGAAUACAAUGCAUUACCGAAUCUAUUCCUUUAGAACCAUUAGAGACACAAUUUCUCCAGCAAGAGAUUUCCAAAACCAAGAACAGGACAUACCUGUGGGUAAAGAUGGUGUUAGAUGUUAUUGAGAACGUCCUCGCAUUCACGACCGAUAAGGCAGCUGAGGUCUUAGCCGGUCUGCCCAAAGGGUUGGACAUGCUCUACGAGAAGAUCCUCAACCGCUGUCAGGACAUCGAGAAGGCUCGCAAUGUGCUUCAAAUAGUCAUUGCUGCUGUGAGACCUCUGACACUGGAGGAGAUGGCUGUUGCCCUAGCCAUGUCGACGAACGAGCACCUCAGUUCACGCAUCAAGCUCGAGCCUCCGGGCCGAUUUAGAGAGACGCUGCGAGCCAUUUGUGGGCUUUUUGUAACGAUCAUCGACGACAAAAUAUACUUCAUCCAUCAGACGGCCAAAGAGUUCCUGGCACGCGACUUGGCAGACUCGAAUGUUCCCCGACUAAUCAGAACGCCUAAUGAGUCUCAUGCAUGCGUUAUUUGGGUUCACGCAUGGGAAGCUUGGCAAUGCAAGGCCUCCCGCUCAGCAAAGUGGAGCCUGAUCCUCACCAUGUCUUCUUCGAAUAUUCUGCCCUCUUUUGGCCGACACAUGUUUUGA